GAAAGAUAACUAAUGUAAAAUAUACUGUGUCCGUAAAAUGUAUAUAGUAUGUAUAAGCUAGAAGUAGAAGCCUAAUUGUUGUUGUCCAUUAGUUUACUACAAUUAGGGGAGGAGUGGAAGGGUUAGGUGAAAAUAAUAAAGGAAAAUAUAUACAAGUAUGUAUAUAUAUACAUAUAUAUAUUUAAAAUAAUAUAUAUUUAUUAAAAAUAUAUAUAUGUGGGAUUGGAAAUGAUGCAGAGAAUUACAUUGAUAGAAGCCACAACCUAUCUGCAAUGUUAAGCUGAACUACCACCUAAAAUAUAUAUAUUUUAAAUAAUCUGGUCAGACAAGAUUAAUGAUAGGAAUGCAGUCAUCCCUCCAUUUCCUUACCACGCAGGGAGGAGGAGCUCUACCUAAACUGGAUAAACAGGAGAUGAGAGUAGAUAGCUCCAAACGACUUCACUGACAUUGACCUUAAAGGUUUAGAAGAAAACAGACAGGAUAAAUUGCACUUAUCAGAAUGGGUUGUUACACUGCACUCAUUGCUCUUCUGUUUAUCCUUCACACUGUAAAUGGACAGACUACUACAGCAAUUCCACCUUCGAGCACUACUGGUCCACCAUUGAGCUCAGCAGCCCCACAGUCAAGUGGGACUCCUGUCCAACAAACGAGCUCAAAUUAUCCACUGUCAAGCUCAAGAGCCACUUCAUCCUCAACAACUUCACCAUCAGAUACAACAGCUUCAUCAGUUGGUAUAACACCCUCGUCAACAGAUGUUACACCCUCACUGAUUGGUGCCUCAUCUCCAGUGUCAAACACAGACAACCCUACAUCUAUUGCAACAACUAAAGCAUCAAGUUUGACGCCUCAACAGCCAAAUGCAACAGCUCUGCCAUCAAAUGUAACAACUCCAUCUACCAAUACAAGCUCUCAGAGUGCAUGGACAACUCUGGCCACUACAAGCACUUCAUUCAAUACCACUCAAUAUCACUUGGGUAAUUUGUCGACACCAUUUCCUGGGAUUAGUGGAACUAGCCCAGUUCCUCUGGUGGCUUCAAGGAGAUGUUCUUCAAAUCCACCUCUGUGUUGUCUUGGGCUCAACAGUUCCUGUUUCAGAGGGUGCUUCUGUGAUGUGGCCUGUAUAAGGUUGAAAGAUUGCUGCCCAGACUUCCGGACUACUUGUGUGACAGGUUUGCAGAUUGGAUCAGCCACGGUGUCCCCAGUCUCCAAUGCAACCAACGCAACCAAUGCAACCAACGCAACCAAUGCAACCAACGCAACCAACGCAACCAAUGCAACCAACGCAACCAACGCAACCAACGCAACCAACGCAACCAAUUCAACCAACGCAACCAAUUCAACCAACGCAACCAAUUCCACUUCCACAUCAUUCCCAGUGUUCUCAUUUCCAGGAAAUUGUUCUGCACGGCCGGCCUUGUGCUGUAAAGGCAGCAACGUGAACUGCUUCAGAGGGUGCUUCUGUGACGAGGUUUGUCAGACUCUAAAUGACUGCUGUCCUGACUAUGCCGAUACCUGCACAAAAGACAUUCAGAAGGUGAUUGGUAGUGGAAAGAUAUCCAUUCUUGCUCCACCCAAUUCAACUGAUGCGUCUCUUGAAGUGUCUAUUCAGAAUGCUGCAUUACAGCUGCAGGCCUAUCUCAAGGCAACAUACACUGAAAUCAGCUCCUUCAGAAUCAUCAAACUGAAGAAGACCGGAAAGACUUAAUUUGUAAAUCUGCUCAAACACAUCAGAAAUAUGAAAUUAGGUUGCAUAUUUCUUUCUCUCUGUGUGAUGAAACUAAACAAAAUUGAUUAAAUUACAACAUAAAGCACUUGUAAUAGAUACUUCUAAUGUAUAUCUGGUUUGAUGGGUACUAUGUGGGAGAACAAUAAUAUGUUCAUUGUAUUGGUCGCAUACACAUAUUUAGCAGGUGUUAUUGUGGGUGUAGUGAAAUGCUUGUGUACAGAGAAAUGCUUUGCACGGCUGUCUGUGGAUGAGAUGUGUCUUUAAUGUAAUUUCUCAAAUAAAUUGUCAGACUUAUAGGACUAAACAUUGAACAUGAAAUGAAUCAUACAAUAAUGUUCCUCCCUGAACAAGCAGGAAGUUGCCAGUAGAGGUCAUAGUAACCCAGUUUUCCAUUGCAUGAUGCCUUCCUUGCCUUUCUCCUGUAUAGAAUAAACCACCUUUCUUGAUCUGGGUAGCAUCUUCGGUUUUACCAGCAGGGGUCCCCACUCCCCACUGUACAGUAGUGGACAUUUUUAAUAUGCCAAAAAAUGGCUUCUCAUCUCAAUAUCCUGAAACUCUAGGACACCACCAAUGUCUGAAUGUUAAUGUUACAAUUCAAUAACUCAGAGUUCAAUUAUUAAUUUACCUUUGUAUCCAGGGAUAUUUGUGUUGUGUUUGUCUCCACUGACAGUGUCUGUCACAUUUGCCCAGUGGGCCUAUAUUGACACAAACCUAAUGCAAUUCAAUUGGUUAAUUUCAUUGAUCACAUUACACACUCAUUGUAUUUCUCUCGUGAAGGAAUGUAAGGAUCUAGUCAUGUAUCAUCACCUACUAUCCUAAACCAUCAUGGUUACAAUCUUCCUGCUCCAUAAACAGAUGAGAUAAUACUGUUGUGAUUAUAGUGCAAUAAUGUGGAUAAUGCUUUUAGUGAUGAAGGCAUAGACCGUUAAUGUUGCCAUAAUGAAAGACAGGACUAACGGAAAAUGUGUGUGACGGAGACUCUUGCUGUCUGUCGCGCGUGUGAUGGAGAGAAAAUUAGAUAGAAAGUGGUAUCUAAGAUAUUUAGUUGGUAGGAACAUCGGGGAAUCGAUCAGAUAAAACAAAAGUCAAGAAGUAAACAAAGCAAGUGUUUAACAAUUCAACUGUAGCGCUAUUAUGUGAUCGUGCAUUUGAGAGAGGAGGAAGGGAGGGGCUAGAGACCAGGAACGUACUGAAUUGGAUGACACCGUGCGGGCGCAAGAAUAACAUAUAAUGGAAUUAAAGGAAAAUUAGAUAUUCUGAUUAAUCAAAAUUGUUUUUUCUUUUUUGGAAUACAAAUCUGUCGGCUUGAAGCUUAUAUUUUCGAAGUUGGACAUCUACUUUAGCCUGCAAGUAUCGGACAUUUUACUAUGAUGCGGGGCCCUCGCUGUGCAAUGAUAAAGGCUCGACAGUAGCCUUGGACAAUGUGUUCAAAACGUCUGAUGUGUAUUUUGCCGAGGAGAUCCUGUUAGAAUAUGGCCAAAUCUAUAGGAAGGUGUCGGUGUGCUUCUAAUCGAAAUAACGCGCUCUUCCGAGCUGAUCCAUUCGAAAUUGGUCGAUUGUAAUUGUAUAGGUCAUCUCUCCAUCCUUGUCUGUCUGCCGGUCUCUCUCUAGGAUCUCUGUCCUAUUUGUGCGAUGGCCUUCUCCUUUCUGGCUUUCCUGAUCUUAUCUGUCCACACUCUCCUAUCCAUUGGCUGCCCAGUGGGAUGUCGCUGCUACAGCUUGACUGUAGAGUGUGGCUCUAUGGGCCUCCGGGACAUCCCCUCACAUGUCCCACCCUCCACACAGACCAUCUUCCUCCAGGACAAUGCUAUCGGUCAGAUCAAUCUAUCUGACCUCUCCCAGCUGGGCCUUCUGCACUGCCUGUAUCUGCAGAACAACAGUAUUGCAGCACUGGAGCCUGGGGCCUUCCAGAGCCAGGGUAAUCUUCUGGAGCUAGCCCUCAACGGGAACCACAUCCACCUGAUCACAGGAGACAUGUUCAGGGGCUUGGAGCACCUCCGUAUCCUCUACCUGGCAGGAAAUGACAUCACUCGCCUACAGGACUAUACCUUCAGAGGCCUACUGCGUCUUCAAGAGCUUCACCUGCAGCAAAAUAACAUUGAGAUGCUGGGAGACCAGGCUCUAGUUGGUCUGUCCUCUCUUGCCCUCCUUGACCUCAGCCGGAAUAACCUGCACACCAUCGGCCCUGCCACCCUGCGGCCCCUCGUCAGCCUGCAGGUGCUGCGUGUCACAGACAAUCCGUGGCGUUGCGACUGUGCCCUGCACUGGCUGCGCAGCUGGAUCGAUGAGGAGGGCCAGCGCCUGCUGAGCUCGGCCGAGAGACGCUUGGUGUGUUCCGAGCCGCCCCGCCUUUCCCACCUCAGCUUGGUGGAGGUGCCUCUCAACAGCCUGGUGUGUAUCCCCCCUUUGGUGCAGCUGGAACCACGCCGCCUGGCCGUGCGCCUGGGUGAGAGCCUACGUGUCUCCUGCCAUGCCUCUGGUUACCCCCGGCCACAGGUCACCUGGAGGAAGGCGUCCCAGGGCAAGGUGCAACUAUCCCCGCGGGGGCUGGUGCAGGAUCUGGGCAGUGUAGGGAGCGUGGGGGCUGAGGAUGUAGCACACCCAGGGCGGGUGAGACUCCAGAAGGAGGAUGGGGAGCGCUUCGAUCCAGACACGGGCAGUGGAAUGCUUUUCCUCAGCAACGUGACGGUGUCUCACGCCGGGGUGUAUGAGUGCGAGGCCUGGAAUGCUGGAGGGGUGGCCCGUGUGACCUUUCAGCUAGCAAUCAACUCCUCGUUCUCUUCCGGUUGGUCCCCCGCCUCCUACGCCCCAUCCUGGCCUCGUCUGCGCGCCAAUCGGCCAACAUCGUCAGACGUGAGGCGAGAGCCCCUGUACGCCCUUGGCAGCAUGGCCUUCAGCACGCUGGGAGCUGCUACACAGACUGCCAUCGCCAUAGGGAUCUCCCUACUGGCUCUCACUGCCCUUCUCCUGGUGGCCAUGAUCUACAGCCGACACCGCCAUCGGCAGAAGGACACAGAUGACAAAGAGGAAAGCAUCCUGUAUGUCAAUGAUUACUCAGAUGGACCAACAACCUUUGCCCAGCUGGAGGAGUACCGCGAUGAGCGCGGGCAUGAGAUGUAUGUUCUUAACCGCGCUAAACCCAUCAUCCCACCUUCCACCACAGCUGAUACCACCACCCUGGGGUACCAACAGCAGGAGGCACUGUCUCCCACAAAGCCCCAGAUGGAGCCCGAUAUACGGACAAUGAGAAGGAUGGCAGGGGAGGGCGUGGAGGCAGAGACGGUGACAGCCGAGUCAGAGGGCUUGUUUCUGAAUCACACAGGGUUGUUCCUCGACUCACAAUUUGCAUAUGAGAUCCACUGCUGAAGGCCCCCAGGAGGACGUUCACUGUGAGCUAGCCCAGAGUGCUUAAUGUCACUUUUCAGAUGGAUGUCCCUCUGCUGACCAAACCUCUAGACUGCAGAUCAGAUGUGACAAUGAGAGUUCAGAUUAAUCAUAAAUCCUGAUUGCUCUGGUUCCAGAGUGACAAGCUUGAGCAGCAGUGAGAUAUAAAGACAUACCAGGAGAGGUGCCGUCGUCAACCAAAACCCCCACUGUACUGUACCUUACUGUGAGCUGAAAAAAUUUGUCUUGUCUCAUGUUGAUUAACUCCAACUUGAAACUAUAGUUACCAUAUUAUGGAGAAACCAUUAGUGGAGUGAGUCACAUGUAGUGGAAAUAACCUUAUUAUGAUUCUACUGUUUUACAUCAACUAAACUGUGUUAGGCGCCUAAACAGGCUCCCUUGGCUGAACGCUGAGAGGUUGAGAAUUUAAUGAGUAAUGUGUAUCGUAAGUCUAUCAUAAAAUACUUCUUUGUGACAAACUGAUCUACCCAGAUCCUCCAUUUUCUAGUCUACAGCCAUUGUCUUCGGUCAGAUGGCGUCAUUCUAACGCAACACACGUCAGUGCAGACGGCCGUCGCGCUGACGUAAGACAAUGGUCUACAGCAUAAUAUUCCUUCCAAAGAUGUCAUCAGUCAAACAACGGUAUACAGUCAAACAAGCUCUCUCUCCUUCAGGUCCUGUUCAUUUAAUUACAGUGCCUUGCAAAAGUAUUCAUCCCCCUUGGCAUUUUUUCCUGUUUUGUUGCAUUACAACCUGUAAUUUAAAUGGAUUUUUUUAUUUGGAUUUCAUGUAAUGGACAUAUACAAAAUAGUCCAAAUUGGUGAAGUGAAAUGAAAAAAUUACUUGUUUCAACAAAUUACAAAAAUGUUAAAACGGAAAAGUGGUGCGUGCAUAUGUAUUCACCCCCUUUGCUAUGAAGCCCCUAAAUAUGACCUGGUGCAACCAAUUACCUUCAGAAGUCACAUAAUUAGUUAAAUAAAGUCCACCUGUGUGCAAUCUAAGUGUCACAUGACCUAUCACAUGAUCUCAGUAUAUAUACACACACCUGUUCUGAAAGGCCCCAGAGUCUGCAACACCACUAAGCAAGGGGCACCACCAAGCAAGCAGAACCAUGAAGACCAAGGAGCUCUACAAACAGGUCAGGGACAAAGUUGUGGAGAAGUAAUCAUCAGGGUUGGGUUAUACAAAAUUAUCUGGAUCUUUGAACAUCCAACGGAGCACCAUUAAAUCCAUUAUUUUUAAAAAUUGGAAAGAAUAUGGCACGACAACAAACCUGCCAAGAGAGGGCCGCCCACCAAAACUCAAUGACCAGGCAAGGAGGGCAUUAUUCAGAGAGGCAACAAAGAGACCAAAGAUAACCCUGAAGGAGCUGCAAAGCUCCAGAGCAGAGAU